AUGGGAUUGCCCUCGAUCCGACUCAUUACGUCGUACAUCUUCGACUGGAUUAUUCUCGUCGUCGUUACUGCCGCCGGCUACGUCUUGGGCCGAAUUACACCCAACAAGCGGCCCUUUUCUCUGGUUGACCCAGACAUCUCAUUUCCUUUUACGGUACACGAGACUGUGCCGGACUGGCUGCUCUUUGUCUUGAGCAGUGGGGUCCCUGCUGUCGUUAUCAUCAUUGUCUCCAUCAUAUUUGUGCCAGGUGCAACGGUGCCCAAAAAUACCCCUGCCUCAUUAGUUUGGAAGCGUAAACUAUGGGAACUUCACAUUGGUCUACUGGGACUCCUCAUGUCAGUUGGCGCUGGCUUCUUCUUUGUCAGUGGCAUCAAGAAUAUGUGCGGCAAGCCUCGACCUGAUCUACUUGCACGAUGCGUCCCGGAUUUGGAAAACGCAUCGAAAUACCUGAUUGGCGGCUUCAAGGGAGAAUUCGCAUUGGGCAACAGCAUUGGCCAGCUCUUUUCGGCCGACAUCUGCACGCAGACCGACAAGGCGAAGCUCGACGAUGGCUUCCGAAGCUAUCCCAGCGGCCACUCUGCGGCCUCCGCCGGCGGUCUCCUCUACCUCUCGCUGUUUCUCGCCAGCAAGUUUGCCGUGACGAUGCCGUUUGUAGCUACGGGCACAUCUACAUCCAGCCAUGAAGUGCAUGCUGCUUUCCCUUCUCGUGCAGCAUCUGCGGUUGAGCAGUUUGACGACGAGGCGUCCAUGCCCAUGGCUGGCAAAGGCGCGAAUCCAACCAUCAAGUAUAAUUCCAGCAUUCAGGCGUUGCGUCGCCAGGCAGCAGCUCCUCCCAUCUAUCUCCUUGUCAUCACCGUGGCACCUUUUUGCCUCGCCAUCUUCAUCGCUGCUUCUCGCUGGUUUAAUUUCCGACACCAUGGCUUCGACAUUUUGUUUGGCUUUUCCAUCGGUAUCUUUACAGCCCUCUUCAGUUUUAGAUAUUAUCAUUUGCCCAUCACCAUUGGCGCUGGUUGGGCUUGGGGCCCCCGGAGCCCAGACAGGGCUUUCUGGGCUGGUGUCGGUCGUUUGGGCUAUGUUGGCGAAAAAGAUGUCGAGCGUGGCACGAUGACGGGUGAGCCAUAUCAGGAUGUAGAGUUGAGCAACUUGAAUGGGGGGCACGAGUCAGGGGGUCGAGCAUGAUAUUGAGUCGGCAUUUUAUAUGAUACCCAGCUCUCCCGUUGGGGGGAAAGCAUAUAGAUAUAAAAGGGAAUAGAAUGUGGGGAGGAUAGAGGGAAAAUCGUCGUAUAUUGUUUGUAAUUCUUGAAUCAUAAUUUUACCACCAUUAGCCAAGAUUCGCUGGUUGACAAUGUUCAUUAAUGUCCGGUUUGUCACUACUGUCAGUGCCAUGCUGUGUAAUUACGACCAAUCGAGUAUUAAUGGAACCAAGUUCAUGUUUGUAGAAUUUUCGUCGAAUUAACGUGGCAG